AUUCCCUGAUUGUGAUACACAGAGCAGGUAGUGUUUGACAACUCUUUUUUUCCUUCUGCAGCUUGGGCUCCUACUCUGUGCACAUGAGCGGCCACACCACAGCACUGAAGCUUAUACACUCAUCUCCAGAGUAGCAUCCUGUGAGUUCACUUCCUCUAGCUUACAGAGUUGCAUGAUACCACCUUAGCAAUGGCUAGCAAGCAGAGCAGCUUCAUUUUGCUUGCUCUUGUUCUAUCCCUGUUCUUGUGCAUUCUGGUUGUACCUGUAUGUUUAGCCACACCAGCCACAACUCCUGCUACUCUCCUGCAAGUGAAGUCCAGCCUCACUGACCCUGAGGGCGUCCUCUCCGGCUGGUCGCCGGUGGCCGACGUGUGCUCAUGGCACGGCAUGACGUGCCUACCAGGAGCGGGCAUUGUUACAGGCCUCAACUUGUCGGGGUACGGCCUGUCAGGCGUGAUACCGCCUGCGAUCGGCAGCCUCAUCUCCGUCGAGUUCAUUGACCUGUCCUCCAAUUCCCUCACCGGGCCGAUCCCGCAGGAGCUGGGCAUGCUGGAGAACCUGAGGACGCUGCUCCUCUUCUCCAACUUCCUCACCGGCACCGUCCCGCCAGAGCUCGGCCUUCUCAAGAACCUGAAAGUUCUCAGGAUCGGUGACAACAGGCUGCACGGCGAGAUCCCGCCGCACCUCGGCAACUGCACGGAGCUGGAGACGGUAGGCCUGGCCUACUGCCAGCUGAAUGGCACCAUUCCUGCUGAGCUGGGCAACCUGAUGCACCUGCAGCAGCUGGUCUUGGACAACAACACCCUCACCGGCAGUAUCCCGGAGCAGCUCGCCGGUUGCUCAAGUUUGCGCGUUCUGUCAAUGGCUGAUAACAGGCUGCAAGGCAAUAUUCCGUUGUUCAUUGGCAGCUUCAGUGAUCUUCAGUCUCUGAAUUUAGCAAAUAACCAGUUCUCCGGUGCGAUUCCGGCAGAGAUCGGUAACCUUUCCAGCUUGACGUACCUAAACCUGCUCGGCAACAGCCUGACCGGCGCCAUUCCGGAAGAACUGAACCAGCUGAGCCAGCUGCAGGUUCUGGACUUGUCCAGCAACAACGUUUCUGGAAAGAUAAGCAUCUCUGCAUCACAACUGAACAACCUGAAGUUCCUUGUACUGUCUGACAAUCUGCUUGAGGGUACCCUCCAUGAAGACCUCUGCACCGGGAACUCGAGCCUGGAGAACCUGUUCCUCUCCGGCAACAACCUCAACGGAGGCAUCGAGAGGCUGCUCAACUGCGGUGCUCUGCAGUCCAUCGACGUGUCGAAUAACAGCUUCACCGGAGCCAUACCGCCGGGCAUUGACCGGCUCUCGGGCCUCGUCAACCUUGCGCUGCACAACAACAGCUUCACCGGCGUUCUGCCCCCUCAGAUAGGGAACCUGAGCAACCUGGAGAUCUUGUCUCUGUACCACAAUAGCCUCACCGGCGUAAUCCCGCCGGAGAUCGGCAGGCUUCAGAGGCUGAAGCUCUUGUUCCUCUACGAGAACCAGAUGUCUGGAGCCAUCCCUGAUGAGCUCGCCAACUGCACGAGCUUGGAAGAGGUGGAUUUCUUCGGCAACCACUUCCAUGGCCCUAUCCCUGAAAAGAUUGGGAACCUCAUGAACUUGGCCGUGCUUCAGCUCCGGCAGAACGAUCUGUCGGGCCCCAUCCCGAUGAGCCUUGGAGACUGCAAGAGGCUCCAGGCGCUGGCAUUGGCAGACAACCGGCUCACCGGCCCGUUGCCGGAGACAUUCGGGCAGCUCACCGAGCUCAGCGUGAUCACUCUGUACAACAACUCCCUUGAGGGGCCCUUGCCGGAGUCGCUGUUCCAGCUCAAGAACCUGACGGCGAUCAACAUUGCGCAUAACCGGUUCGCCGGCAGCGUCGUUCCUCUCCUCGGCUCGAGCUCCCUCUCUGUGCUGGUGCUGACGAACAACUGCUUCUCCGGGGUGAUCCCCGCGGCGGUUGCGUGGUCGAAGGACAUGGUCCGGCUCCAGCUCGCGGGCAACCGACUCGCCGGUGCAAUACCGGCCGAGCUGGGCAACCUGACGCGCCUCCACAUGCUUGAUCUCUCGUUCAACAACCUCUCAGGUGAGAUCCCCAUCGAGCUCUCCAACUCCGCGCAGCUCACCCAUCUGAAGCUCGACGGGAACAGCCUGACGGGCAGCGUCCCUUCAUGGCUCGGCGGCCUGCGGUCCCUCGGCGAGCUCGACCUCUCGUCGAACGCGUUGACCGGCGACAUCCCGCCGGACCUCGGCAACUGCUCGGGCCUGCUCAAGCUGUCCCUCAGCGACAACCACCUCUCCGGCAGCAUCCCGCCGGAGAUCGGCCGGCUGACAUCUCUGAACGUUCUGAACCUGCACAAGAACAGCCUCACCGGCGCCAUACCGCCGGCGCUUCGGCGGUGCAACAAGCUGUACGAGCUGAGGCUGUCGGAGAACUCGCUGGAGGGCACAAUCCCGCCGGAGCUCGGGCAGCUGUCGGAGCUGCAGGUGAUACUGGACCUGAGUCGGAACAGGCUGUCCGGCGAGAUCCCGGCGUCCCUCGGUGACCUCGUGAAGCUGGAGCGGCUGAACCUGUCAUCCAACAGGCUCGACGGGCAGAUACCGUCCUCGCUGCUGCAGCUCACGAGCCUGCACCGUUUGAACCUGUCUGACAACCUCCUUUCGGGCGCGGUGCCCGCCGCGCUGUCGAGCUUCCCGGCCGCGUCAUUCGUCGGCAACGACCUCUGCGGCGCGCCGUUGCCACCCUGCCGGCCGUCGUCGUCCAGGUGGCUGCCAGGCACGGAGGUGGCCGUCAUCGUGUCGGGCAUCGCCGUCGUCUCGGCGGUCGUGUGCGUGGCGCUGCUGUACAUCAUGCUGAGGGUGUGGAGCAACUGGCGGGCGGUGUCCGUGUCCAGCUCCGACGGCGAGGAGUCGGUGCACAGCCGCGGCAGCGGCAAGUGGGGCGCCGGGGACGGCAAGUACUGGAAGGUCGGGUCGCCGGUGUCGUCGGCCGAGGAGAAGCACAGCUCGGCGUCGGAGACCAGCGUGCUCCACGGGAAGUCGACGGAGGCUGCCGGCGCCGCGAAGAGCUAGCCGCCACCUGGUCGGUGGCAAGUAGCGAACGUUGCAUGCCGGCUCUAUCUAUGAUGCCUUUGCCUGCUUGAAAUGUUUGUGUAGCAAUGCCUUAAUGGUCGUUUCUUUAAUCGAUCCCCUCUUCAUCUAUUGUGAUUGUUUCUUCAAAUUAUCUGCCAUGUUCAUUUCGUGUGUUCUUGCUCUGGAGCUGGAAACUGGAGCGAAGCAAAUCGGGAAGAGCUGGUAGAGUAGCAGUCGCUUGAUCUGUUGAUCUUGUAUACGCAUC